AUGGAUCAGCUUUCGGUCGUUUCAAAAGCUAAAAGUGCCGAAGAUAUAUUACUUGAUGCAACAACAAUACCAUUGAUAAGAGUUAAAGGCAAACUUCCACCAGGAAAUUGUCAGGCAUUAGUCGCAAUUAUUGAACAACAAGCGAACUCAAUCGAGCACCAAGUUGCUAUGACACGUAAUAUUUUACAAAUGAGUAUGGAAACUGUUUCAGCAAUGUGGAAACAGCAACAAGCUCAAAGAAUCUGUGAAAAUAAUAUGCAACCUCCAACUUCUGCUCCAAUAACAUCCAACACUGUCUCAGCUGAAAAGCUGCCUUAUGAUUUUACACCUCCGCAUAAACUCUGGUGUCCUUGGAAAAGUGACUGUACUCAGAUUCUGAAUCAACGAGGACAAAUGACUAUUGAAAUGGAUCAACAUAUGAACCAAAUGAAUGAUAUACCAGUAGAACAGCAAACACCGCUACCAUUCGAACUUCAUAUGUCUAUUAGUGAAAAGCCGGAAAAUACAAGCUAUAUUCUUCACUUCUCUAUCAAUGAUCACGAUGUGUCUAUCUAUAAAACAAUUCGUGGUAGUACUACUUUUAUGAAUCAAACGACAGAUGAAGAUUAUGUUUUACACAAAGGAAAAGGUAAAUAUUGGUUGAGUAUUGAUUAUGAUAAUUUAUUCAUUAAGUAUGGUCAAGGCGAAGUACGCGACCGAUGUACAUUACUCAAAAGUGAUAUUCCUAAUAUUGAAAGAGACUAUGUAAGGAAAAUUCAAUAUGCUCAUAUUUCGUUUAAUAGAAGUCGUGAUUUGACUCAAGUGAAAAUGUUUGAACAAAACGUCAAGCUAAAAAUUGGCCGAAACCCCGUUGUCGAUGAUCCGGCAUUGAUCGUCGUUACACCAAAUCAGUACACUUUAGAUCAUAUCCGAAACAAUAAUGCUUUACCAAUUACACGAUUGAAUUCUCAUUGUCAAAAUCUUUAUUACGACGUUAUUAAUUGGAAAUUUCAAGAUGAGAGUUUUCCCCACUUUUACGAAGCCAUCGAACAUAGUAGUCGUAAUCCGACUGGUUGGUGUUGUAAAAGAUUAUUGGAAAAAUCAAAUCGAUUCGGACAACCGAACAUUCUAGCUACUUAUUUAAGAAUAACUAUUGGUCGAAAUCGUGGUACUUCACCAGGUGUUCCAUACGUGCUUGAAAUUUGGCCACCAGGUCAUUACAGUCCUAUUCAUGCUCAUGCCAAUACUCAUGGCAUUAUUCGCGUAUUGUAUGGAGAAAUUAACGUAAAAAUUUAUCGAUCAUUAAGCUUGAAAAAGAAGAAACCCAUUCAUGAAACAAAAGUCCAUGAAAACCAAGUGACUUGGCUUUCGCCUGGUUUGAAUCAAAUACACCAACUAGAAAACAAAUCGAAUAAAACAUGUAUUACAAUACAAGCAUAUGAAUAUGUAACAGAUGAAGUCAGUAAUUAUGAAUAUUUCGACUAUAUUACAAAUGAUGGAGAAUCUAUCCGUUCAUUCGAUCCUGUCUCAGACAUUAAUUUCUUCGAUUUUCAAAAUCUAAUGAAGGAUGAAUGGAACAGUAUGAAUGAAUAA